CCACGAUCUUACUGCGUACCUACUCUGUAAUUAAUAUCGGUCCUUUAUUAUAAACAGCAAAGUAAUCAAAUAAAAUGAAGUUAACCAAAUUGUUUGUGAUUGUCAUCGUAGUAGUUGCACUUCUGGUACCUUCUGAAGCGGCUCCAGGAAAGAUACCUGUGAAGGCAAUUAAAAAGGCGGGCACAGCAAUUGGUAAAGGUCUCCGGGCAAUUAACAUAGCCAGUACGGCGCAUGAUGUCUACAGCUUCUUCAAACCUAAGCACAAGAAGAAACAUUAAAAAACAUUCAGUAUACUCACUAUUAGCCUAGAUUACUCUCCUGCCCCUUAAAUGUCGGGAUUUGUGUGUCCAGUACAAAACAGAUUUGCAUUUAUAAUAUUAGUCAAUAUACAGGUACUUAUAAGUAAAGCGU